CACACACACACACACACACACACACACACACACACACACACACACAAAGCCUGAGCGCGAAGCAGUGUGCAGGAUGGUCGUGUCCUCCAGCAUGGACAGCGUGACCCCGCAGCCGGACCACGCGGUGGCUGCGCUCCCGAUGUGCGGUGAGUUCACGGGAUUCUCCCGGUUCCGCUGCACGCUGGUUCUGACGGAGUGUGAGCUCACGGUACAGAAGCACGGCCCCUGGGGGCGGAAAUCAGGAACGGUAACAGUGUUGGACCUACAGGACUGUAUAGGCUGCCGCGCGUACGGAGCCGAGGACGGACAGGACACGAGCGCGGGCUUGGCGGUGUAUUUCUACCCGGAGAGGAGACACUGUGCUCGGCUGAGCUGUUCUGCAGCCCGCCGCAGAGAGGAGCUUCGCUUCCGGGUGUCAGUGAGUCCGGAGCCGCGUGUAAACCUGGAGGAGGCGCAGAGAUGGAGCAGAGCGAUCCGGCACGGCUCCUACCUCCGGACAGGUGGUGUGUGUGCAGACAUGACGAGUCCCCGCAGGUUCCUGGUCCUGAUAAAUCCUCAGAGCGGCAAAGGUCAGGCCCUGGCUCUCUUCAACAACCAUGUGAAGCACAUGCUACAGGAAGCCAACAUCACAUACACACUUCAGGUCACAGAGCAUCAGAACCACGCCCGUGAGCUAGUACGAGAAGCAGACCUAUCUCAGUGGGACGCCGUGGUCAUCAUGUCCGGAGAUGGUCUACUGUUUGAGGUCGUGAACGGGCUCAUGGAGAGGGAGGACUGGGAGAAAGCCAUUCAGACUCCUCUCGGCGUACUGCCCGGAGGUUCAGGGAAUGCGCUCGCUGCGUCGAUACACUACUAUUCCGGGUCAAAGCCGGUAUCUGGUAAAGAGCUGCUAGUGAGCUGUGGCUUCAUGUUGUGUAAAGGCCUGGUGUCACAUCUGGACCUCACCUCAGUCUGCCUGGCAUCCAACCAGCGCCUGUUUUCCUUCCUGUCCCUCGCCUGGGGCUUUGUGGCCGAUGUGGACAUCGAGAGCGAAAAGUACCGGCACAUGGGUGCUGCUCGCUUCACCAUGGGGACUCUAGUGCGCCUCGCCUCGCUGAGAGUGUAUAAAGGGAAGCUGGCAUACCUUCCUGCCGAGGAACCUCAAGCCCCUUCAAGCUCCGAUUCAUCAGAAGUGUCCUUUACCGAUGGUUCCAACUCGUGCUCGGUUCAUUCAAGCAACUCAAAUUGUCAGAAUCACUGCUUGCACAAUUCUUGCAACUCCAACAAUGCCCACAAACCCAACUGGGCCAACGAGUCAUCAGUGACCUCAAAAGGUCCCACUGAUUCCCUCCUUGUACCCUUGGACCAGCCUGUGCCAACAAACUGGUCUGUAGUCAAGGAGGAGGAUUUUGUUCUGGUGAUGGCAGUGUACCAAUCCCACCUUGCUGAAGACUUAAUAGCUGCUCCCGCAUCCAGACUGGAGGAUGGAACUAUACACCUGAUGUAUGUUAAAGCAGGAAUCUCACGUCAAGCCCUCUUGCGCCUUUUCCUGGCCAUGGAGAAAGGUACCCAUUUGAGUAAAAACUGCCCCUUUGUGGUGUACGUUAAGGUGCGGGCACUUCGACUGGAACCUUAUGCACCCAAAGGGAUCAUCACUGUCGACGGUGAAGUAGUAGAAUAUGGGCCAGUGCAAGCGCAGGUCCACGGCAGACUUGCCAGGAUAAUAACCGGAUAGAUUUGUACAGAAAAGGCUAGAAAUGGUCGACGCAUAGAGUGAAUCGAAGACUGCAGGGUUAAUUAGCAAUAAAAAGAAAUGAUGAUUGCUAGUUCUUUAUUUAUUGUUAGAAUCGAAGGAAUGGACACAUUAUUGCGCCAGAUAGAGCGUCCUUUCUUUAAAGGAACGCUUCUACUUAAAAAAAUGCUAACUUUGCCGAUAACGAGUGGGCUUUAAAAAAGAUAUCUUACGCACUAACAUACAUAGCACUCAGUCUACACAAGGUUUGACUCGUUAUUCAGUCUGAGCAUCUUAGCAUGUGAAGGAAGACUUUGUCUUGGAAGCGAGGUACUACAGAUUCCAAGAGCGAUGACGUCUAGUGCGCGAGUGACGUCUGCUGCUGUUUUAAAGGUGCUACUGAUUGUAGUGACAAAUCCUGGAAAAGAUUGAAGAGAAAAUUAUUUAUUUUUUAUACCUCUGUUUUGUACACGUCAUGCUGUAAAUUAAAUCUGGAGAUUACGAAUCGGCUGCACGGGGAUUCGUGUACAGUGCUUUCGUUUUUCAGAUUUUUUUUGGUACCUAGUGCCAUCGAAAUAAAUUUUUUCUAAUAAAAUAUGAAAGAAAUUACACAUCCACACAUUGUUCUUUUGGGAAGCGAGUAUCAAAAACUUGUUCAUUUACCGAUCGACGUCAGCGCCCGAUGCGGUAACAUUCUGUGUAAAAAUCAGCAAAGGUUAUGUGACAAAAAGCUCAUCAACUUUUUUUUUUUUAGUUGCUUUUUAUAAAAAUUGAUCCACAAUGUUAGCCGAUCUUAUUUCCUAUUUCGAUUCAGAUUUGUCGGUAACGUUAGCUAAAUAGCAAAUUGGGUCGCUAUUCGACAUUCAAAAUUUGUCGAAUUUUUUUGUUUCGCAAUUAAAGGAGAUAAAAUUGUUUGGAUUCAAAUUUAGAUUAAGGGAUGUUUUGAUUUCUAAAUUUGGCCAGGUGAUGCUAGAACACGCCGAGAACACAAAUGAAAGCAUUGUACCGGAUUUAAUGGCAUUCCUGCAGUUUAAUCAUUGAUAAACACACCAUCUCUUUUUGCACAUGUUUUGGUGGUAUGAUUAGCUUCACAUCCGUCAUCACCAGGGCAGUUCAUGUUGACCCACGAUCACAUAAUCAUCUCCUUUAUAAAGUUUGUUUCGAUUGGCCAGACAAGGCCCCUAGCCACGUUGUGAAGUCACUGGAAAUAAAUGUGACCACGCUUCUGACUGAUCCCACGCAUUCUUACCAUUUUUAUUGUGAGGUCAUAUAGGACAGGUCUGAGAGCGUGAUUGGGGACACUAACAUUGAUUUGAAGGCUGCACUGGUUCACUUCCAACACCCCUUCCUCCAUCUUCAAAACACACAUUCACUCCCACACACACCCACCCUGUCUGAAGGCCCAGCUGGUUUGCACUGAUUACAUCCCCCCAUCAUCUAAACAUCAAUCCCAGCAUGCACCUUCUGUUUAUGACUGAACCAAGAAGAGAUUGUUGUAUUUAUUACUCUAUAAUGUAUACAUUCAUAUAUUAAAUAUGAUAAAUAAUAAUAUGUAAUAAUGGACUAAGCUAUUAAAAGUUGUUGUGGGUGAAGUGACGCUUUAAUCAGGGAAAUAAAAAUCAGAGGUGCUGGUCUUCUGCCAGGAGCGUAGGGUGGGUGGGUGUGUGUGUGUGUGUGUGUGUGUGUGUGUGUGUGUGUGUGUGUGUGUGUGCACGCACGCCAGUGUUUUAGGGAGGGGUUGUUUACUGACAACUAAAGCUAUGUUAAAUAACCAGCACAUUUACUUUAAACACUGGUUUAGAAUUAACACUGGCUGUUGAAGAAGCUUGGUACACAUAAACAGCCUGCUAUAUCAACAUACACAGAGAUAUAAAUAAGCAGGAGAUACUGUUUCUUACAGACUUGUGUGUUUGACUUUAUAACUUUAUUACACUUUAUUUAACACAAUAAUUAUUUUAGUGUUAAAACCAGCAUGUGCCCUCAGUGCAUCAUUGGUAAUGACUCUGGUCACUUAAUCACGAGGGAUGUGUAGAAUUUACGACCGAGCCCUGCUGUUUUUUUUUUGUUGUUUUUUUCUGCCGUGCACUUCACUAUGGGAUCGACCAAAGGUCAUGACCUCGCCCGUUUCCUCUGGGAACGAACCGAUCCUUUCAAACGGUAGUGAGUGAGCAUUUCAGAUGUAGAACCUUUGAGUCCGAUCUGGAUUUCUGUUCUGUUCAAACGAUUAAAUGCGGUAACACGGUCUUAGCUCGGACCUUUUCCGAAAGCUUAGCCGGCGAUUUAUUUUGUCUAAACAAAAUGAGUAUUUGGAGAAAACACGGAAUCGGAUGCUAUAAGCGCGUGAACGAAAUUAGCCGUAAUUCGGUGACUAUAAACGUCGACCGUUAUGACAAACCAUAAUCACAACGAUCCACAUUAGCCUUGAAAGAUCUCAUCGCCUUAAGCCUUACGAAGCCCAGAAUUCAAACCGGUCUUGUUUUAUUUCCUUCAUUGUUUCCUGUAAGUCAUCCAGUAGUUUGUGUAUCUGUAUCAUAUGUGUGUAUGUAGGUAUAGUAGUAGACUCUACCGCCUUAAAAAGAGCUCAUCAGCCUUUAUCUCUACUGAGUUAUGAAUAAAUCAUAUGAAUCAUGAACAAAUAUCCAGAAAAACGAGCUCAUUUGCACCUUUUGCAAUUUUGCACCUUUAUGAGACGUACUGUACGUGCUGUGAGACGCAUGGUUAUCGUUCGAGUCGUGAUUUUAACUAGCUAAUCUGAAUCUGAUGUAUUUUGUUGUGAUUUUUAUACUCAGUUUUCAGUUGUGGCAUCAUGCGGAACUAGAUAUUUUUGAUACGGUUGCAUGAGUGUGGAAACGACGCCGACGUUCCGCAUACGCGGUUGUGAAGAUAUGAAGAUAAGUGCCAGGCUUGAUCAUCAUCACUGUGAUUGUUUUACAUAUUUUAAUGGAAUCAAUUACUUUUAGAAAAUUGUACGCCUCAGAAAAAGACGUGUUUUUGUUCGAUCUUUGCUAACAGAUUUCUGUUACAUGUUAACUGCAAUCGACUCUUCAGCUUUAGUGUAAGAUGGAAGCUGAUUGACUCGUUGAUUGUUAAUAAACCCAGACUCACGUGUUUAUACACCAACAUUACUUUGAUCAUUAAUUUACCCAGAAUUCAGUGCUGUGAUUGCUUUCUCUUUUUUUUUGCUCUCUAUCAUACAAAAACUAUGCAGAUGUUUGUAAAAUCAAUGCUUAUAUUAAAAUCAAUGCUGUUACAGUGUGUGUUUUUGCAAACGUACAUAUCCACAAUUAAAGAAAUCUAUGAA